UGCACGUACGAACAACACAUUCAUAAAAACUUUCUUCAACAGAAACCGAUCCCCAAAAAUAAGAUGCCUCGCGGAACGCUUGAAGUUCUUCUAGUUGGUGCUAAGGGCCUUGAAGAUACUGAUUUCCUGGGAAAUAUGGAUCCAUACGUUACCCUAACUUGCCGAACUCAAGAGCGGAAGAGCAGUGUUGCAUCAGGACAAGGAACACAACCAAAGUGGAACGAGAAUUUUACGUUUACAGUAUCUGAUGGCACUAAAGAACUCAAAAUCAGGAUAAUGGACAGUGACUUCGCCACUAGCGAUGAUUUUGUUGGGGAAGCAACGAUUCCAUUGGAGCCAGUGUUCAUGGAAAGAAGCCACCCCCCAACAGCAUACAACGUUGUCAAGGAUGGAAAAUUUCAAGGGGAGAUUCAACUUGGCCUCACUUUCAAGCCUGAGAUAAAUGAACGCCAUGAUUGUGGAUUUGACUACGAGGAAAGCUAUGGCGGAUGGAAACAUUCUUCUAACGACUACUAAACUCUCUUCACACAGAAUUUGCUCAACACCACAUACAAAUGCGGCACUCUAAUAUACAAAAUAAGUGGUCUAUCUAAUUUAAAUAUUUUUGUUUAUGAAAUCAUAUAAAUGUUUCAGAUUCAAUAGUUGUACCCCAUAUUAUCAUCAAAAAGUAGAAAUGCAAUUUUUGCUGAAUCCAGUGAAUGUGAGCAUUGAAUCA